CCCGCGGGUGGUAGGUGCCGGAAGUGCCGCCAUUUUGGGGUGUUCUGCUCUGGCGGCAGCGGCAGAGGCGGCGGCGGCGGGACGCGGAGGCUCCCCCGGGACUCGGCCUCAGCAGCGAGGCGGCGGCGGCUGCGGAGGCGCAGGCAGCAGCUGAGGCAGCGGCAGGCUCAGGUGCAGCCGCUGGAAGCUAAAGCUGUGUGUAUUUGUGGAUCAGACAAGUGCAGCAAGUUAUUAUCAUUGGCUUCUGAAGGGGAGAGUGAGGUGAUGGCUGCGUUUAAGUUGGAUUUCCUUCCAGAAAUGAUGGUGGAUCAUUGCUCUUUGAAUUCCAGUCCUGUCUCAAAGAAAAUGAACGGCACCCUGGACCACCCAGACCAACCAGAUCUUGAUGCUAUCAAGAUGUUUGUGGGCCAGGUUCCCAGGACCUGGUCUGAGAAGGACUUGAGGGAGCUUUUUGAACAGUAUGGUGCUGUCUAUGAAAUCAACAUCCUAAGGGAUAGGAGCCAAAACCCUCCUCAGAGCAAAGGGUGCUGUUUUGUUACAUUUUACACCCGUAAAGCUGCAUUAGAAGCUCAGAAUGCUCUUCACAACAUGAAGGUCCUCCCUGGGAUGCAUCACCCUAUACAGAUGAAACCUGCUGACAGUGAAAAGAACAACGCUGUGGAAGACAGGAAGCUGUUUAUUGGUAUGAUUUCCAAGAAGUGUACUGAAAAUGACAUCCGAGUCAUGUUCUCUUCAUUUGGACAGAUUGAAGAAUGCCGGAUAUUACGGGGACCUGAUGGCUUAAGCCGAGGUUGUGCAUUUGUGACUUUUACAACAAGAACCAUGGCACAGACAGCUAUCAAAGCAAUGCACCAAGCACAAACCAUGGAGGGUUGCUCAUCACCCAUGGUGGUCAAGUUUGCUGACACCCAGAAGGACAAAGAACAGAAGAGAAUGGCCCAGCAGCUCCAGCAGCAGAUGCAGCAGAUCAGUGCAGCAUCUGUGUGGGGAAACCUGGCUGGUCUGAACACUCUGGGGCCCCAGUACCUAGCACUUUAUUUGCAGCUCCUUCAGCAGACUGCCUCCUCUGGGAACCUCAACACCCUGAGCAGCCUUCAUCCAAUGGGAGGGUUAAAUGCAAUGCAGCUACAGAAUUUGGCUGCACUAGCUGCUGCAGCUAGUGCAGCUCAGAAUACACCAAGUGGUACCAAUGCCCUCACUACAUCCAGCAGUCCCCUCAGCGUCCUCACCAGUUCAGCAGGGUCUUCACCAAGCUCCAGCAGCAGUAACUCUGUCAAUCCCAUAGCCUCACUUGGAGCGCUGCAGACAUUAGCUGGAGCAACAGCUGGCCUCAACGUGGGCUCUCUGGCAGGAAUGGCUGCAUUGAAUGGUGGUCUCGGCAGCAGUGGCCUUUCCAAUGGUACUGGGAGCACCAUGGAGGCCCUCACUCAGGCAUAUUCUGGUAUCCAGCAAUAUGCUGCUGCGGCACUCCCCACUCUGUACAACCAGAAUUUAUUGACCCAGCAGAGUAUCGGUGCUGCUGGAAGCCAGAAGGAAGGUCCAGAGGGAGCCAACCUGUUCAUCUAUCACCUGCCCCAGGAGUUUGGAGACCAGGACCUGCUGCAGAUGUUUAUGCCCUUUGGGAAUGUCGUGUCUGCCAAGGUUUUCAUAGACAAGCAGACAAACUUGAGCAAGUGUUUUGGUUUUGUGAGUUACGACAAUCCUGUCUCAGCUCAAGCUGCCAUCCAGUCCAUGAACGGCUUUCAGAUUGGAAUGAAGAGGCUUAAAGUGCAGCUCAAACGUUCGAAGAAUGAUAGCAAGCCCUACUGAGCGUGCUCCCCUCUGAGACUGGAGUGAGAAGAUCUUCUGGCACAGCUUGCCCUGAAGACUCAGCUACUGCCUUCUGUGGGAGUGUCGCUUCGUACAGAGGACAAGUUUGUGCUUUGGUUUCCAGUGUUUUACUUUGGAGUUUAGGUGCCAUAUCCUGAGGGGUUUUUUUUGUUGUUGUUUUGUUUUGUUUGUUUCUUUUCCUUUUAUUUAAAGUUUGCUGUGUUUGUAACCAGUAUGUUGAGAAGGACCAAUACCAACCCACCUGAGAAAGGGGGAAAUGGUUUAAAAGAUGAUCAGAAUGUGCCCCAAACCACUGAGAGGACUGAGCAGAACAGAAAAUUGAUUCCCCAAAUCUCUCUACCUGAGUGCAAGGAUGGGUACGGUCUAAUGAGCUACAGGGGCAGAGUGGGGAGGUGGCUUGGCAUCAGGACCCCUUCAUAACUCGCUGCUUUCUGUGGAAAUGCUAAGCUUAUGCCACCUAUUUUUUUUUUUUUUCUUCUGUCCUGGAUGUCUGCCCUUUCCUAAAACAGGGUCAGCAAGUCUUAGGAAAUAAAGUACUUCUUAAUUUAGCCUGAAAUAUGCAAACAACAUGGAGAUACCCAUUACUGGCCAUCCCAGCCUACCGUUGGUACUGCACUGCCCUGCCUGGCUGGUGGUUGUUUGGGGGAAACAGCCAAAGAGGUCAUUUUUAGUUUAUUUCAGUGUGAAGUUAGACCAUUGCCCAUUUCCAACAGUUUAUUUUGAAGAAAGCCUGUGGAAGUUCAUCACAACAAGGAAUAUUGCCUCCUUCCCCAGCCACAAUUUUCUCGUGAGGGCAGAUCUAAGAAGCACUUGCAGCAUCUAGCCAACAAGGGUGCUGUUCACAGGCAGAGCAAUCAGAAGGCUUCUGAUUGAGGGAGGAGGGACCUGCUUCUUGAUAUACCUGAGUCAAGGUCUCUUCAAGCCAGGAUGCUGUAUUUGAGCAGAGCCUAGUAUUCAAGAAGGUGCAGAAGUGUACUCCUGCCUCUGAUGAAGGUAUCCCAGAGGUAUUUCCCCAGAGGUCUGAGAAGCCUCUCCUAGCCACUCUAGCCCACUCUCUGCCUUUGGAGACAGAAGAGCAUACAGGUCGUUUACAGGCCCUGUAGUGUUCUUUUACCUCAGUAUUAGCCCAUGUUCAUUUUGUCGUCAUGCUUACGGUUAGUUCCCUGCUGCCUUUCACCAGUCUUAACUCCAGUGUUUGCCAGUGUCCCACAGCCUCUGGGCCCUGCUGCUGCUCCAGGAAAUGCUGUUGGGAAUGUGCGUCUGAGCAGAGGCAGCCCCAGAAGCAUGUGACUGUCAUCCACAGCCAGGGCUUGGGUUCCUAGCUCCUUGAAAGCUUAAACCUCACAAGUUAAAAGUCUUGACUCCUAACAGCAGAGAUUAGAAGAAAGGAGCUCAGCCUGUUUUUUAGUCAGAUGGAGAUACUUCUGCUUGUCAUGCUGUCCCUGUAGGUAGCAUACAGGGAUUGACCAUCCUGCUGUUGUACAAGUAGUUGUUAGUGUUGGAUUAUCCCAUUGAAGUUGGGUCUGUUGUCCUCUUAACAGACAUGAAAUAAUACACUUCUUAAACUGAACCACAUAACUUGAAUUCUGCGCAAUGGGAGAAAAGUGUCCUGUGUUUCAAGAUAAAAUUGUUCUAAAGGCUUCCAGGGUAAUGAUGGGAUUUUUUUAAAUAAAUGCAAAAAAUAAAAAAUAAAAAUACAAAAAUUUAAAAAGGAAAAAAAAAGAAAAAUGCUAGGUUGGGCAGGCACUGUUCUAAAUCCCAACCAGCUGGAACCAAGAAUGUCGUUUCUAUUUUUAUAGAGGUUUUAUACAGCUCCAGGGUGGAGAAUAUUUAUUACCUAAAUUAUAUCUCUGGAAAAGGCCAGGAUUUUGUAGAAUCCAGAAUGUGAUUGUUGUACACAUGGGGUGCUGUGUAUGAUUGAAACUACUGACUUUCUGUGACCAUUUGCAGCCCAGGUAACCUGUCCCAGGGGAAGGCUAACAUUAAUGCUGUGAAUCGGCAGAGGCGAGAGCUGUGUUGCAUAGGGUGCUGCCAGUGCUGUGCUCCCUAACCAUCUGUUCUGUCCUCCUCGUGGGCCGGAACACCACCUUCCUCCCACUUCUCUCACUUUCCCUCCAUUUCACCAUUUGUCUAUGGAUUUGUCCCGUGCUCUAGUACCUUAGGAAACCACCUUCCUAAUGAUUUUAGAGGCAAAGGUGCAAGCGACCCUCACCUUUGGAACAGACCCCAGACUCCAUACCUGCUUGUGGCUCUAAAAGGAGCACUUGCCCCAGCAGAGCCAUGGUGUGCUCAGGCAGCCGGUUAGUGAGACCAUGCACUUCCCUCUCCCCCUUUGCCCAGUACAUGAGCACAGCUGUAGCGCCGCCCUUGAGCACAGUUCUCUCCCCAGGCCAAAGAUGGUUUUGUUGAAGAAGCUGCUCCCCUCCCUUUCAGUCUUGAUGUGAAAGGGCUCAGCUCAGUGGAGAUUGAAGUGAAGUCUUUAAGCAAUCCAUUUCUGUUGUGUGGAAGUUUCUCUUACAGUGUGUUUUCUGCUGUAGUUUGUGUCUUGGAUUAUAUCACGCCAUUGAUUUGCCUUCACUGCAGCCUGACCACUGUGUCUUGGGUUCCACAUGAGUGGCCAGGGCCUAUGUGGAAGCUUAGGGCUUGGAUUUCUGGGAACAGAGAGUCAUCCCAAGACUGAGCAAGAAACUCUGGCCUUCUCCCCUCAAUAAUCUCCUUUCCACUCUAGUCAGCAUCUUUUAUUUCCUCUCUCCCCUCGGUUCUUGCCAGGUAGUGCGAAAGAGGCUGAGGCCCUGCUCACCCUGUCUUGAUGGGUUAGGUGCUUUGCAGGGAAUCCAAGCCUUAAGGCUCCCUUUUGUCUCUGGCAGUUGGAUGUUCUCUUGGUGUCCUCCAUGUCCUUUUGAACUUUUCCCUGUGUCCAUUGUUAGCAUGUGCAAAAGUCCCUGUCAUUCCCUACCCCUACCCCUUCCCUGCCUCCUCAUUUCAGGGCUGCACACAGUGAGUGUCCUGUUCUCUCUCUGUUUGGAUGUAUUGCUCUGUGUAACUCAGUGGAUCUCCCUCUUUCUGGUUUGUUUUUUUUUCUAGAUUCCUGCCGUUUGUUCAUCGUUGUGCCUAAAGCAUGUCGAUGUGGCGUCAAGUACAUCGUCCAAAUCCCUGUCUCUUCAGCUUCUCUGAUGCUUGAACUCUCACCUUUGACCUUGUGUUGACCUUUGAUGCUGAUGUGUAUUUUAUUAUGUUUGUUUCUUUCUUUGUUUUUUCUUUUUUCUUUCUUUUUCCCCCCUUUUGUGCUGCCAAAAUUGGUUUUGCUAGAACGACUGCUGAAGGGAAAAUAUUUAAACUGCAUUUGAAUAUAAAAAAAUCUAUUUUUCUAGAACUUCAUAAGAUAACCACUUGAUUUUGUGAUUCCAAUUCUUUGUAACUGUCUCAGAGCAGCCCUACUAGCACAUGCCGUGUGGUGUUUGUAUUCCUGUGAACACACAGCCAGUCCGCUUCCAGGCUUUGUUCCUCUGUGUGCUUAGUUUUAAAGACAACUUGAACAAUGAAAUAAAACGAUGUCACUAAAAUCUUUGAGGCUCCUGAACACAUUUUGCUGAUACAGUUUUGGGGCUUGAGGAGACCGCAUGUGUUUAUUAUUAAUUAAUUUUUGUUUUUCUGAGUUCUAAACUGCAGAAAACACCUGAAAUACCCUCACCCCAUUCAUUACCUUUUCACUGAGGCUGAGGUUUAGACCCCAGCUAGCCUUUUGUUUUCCUUUUGUGGCUCUUCCUGAAGCAGCCCUGCAGGAGCCCUAGGGUCCCUUUGCCCCGCCCCUCCCCUCAGUCAGCUCUCAUCCAUGCUUAUUCCUACAGUCUCCACAGCAAAAUGUGAUACUUGGAAAUUGGGGGGGGGGGUUAUAUUGCUUUUGCCUUUUUGUUUUGAAUUUUUCCUUUCCUUCUAAGAUAUGCCCAGAAAAACCAAGUCGUGCAUGUUUCCUGCUGUUUCUUCACACCUUCGUAUGUAUCACCUUCACCUCUCUGUUUUCUAUAGUUUGUGCAAAAACUGACUGAUUUAAAGGGGUUUCAACGAAGAUGUUUUAAAUUGUUAUGGGGUUGAUAUUUUUUUCUCAAUUGUAUUGUUUUAUUUUGAAGUGGCAACUUUCUCCUCUAUUGCCCUUAGAGUGUGUUUGCCUGUGCACUUAGACUGUCACUCUUUAUGGCCUCCAGGUCUCAGUGGGGCAUCCAGGAGGCUGGCUGCUCUGCUCAGGGAGUACAGGGGGCCCAGAGAGGCAGAAGCAGAACCAAAGGUGGCUGUGGGUAGGCAGGAGGCUUAGCACACACAUCAAGGCUAAAUCAAUCACUGAGGAGGGAGGGUGCUGUGCUCCUAACUACACAGAGUGGCAAUACACCUGCCUGCCCUUUUCCUAGGUGACAAGCACAAUAAAUACUACAGUCUUCACACUGUUUACAGCCCUGGGCACCAACCACCCCACACUGGCUCUUCACUAUAGCUCUGCUCUUACUUAGCUAGUAAAGUUGGGGUAAGGAAGGGCAAGAAUUGUUUUUAAGUUGGGUGAAGAGCCAAAUAGCUACUGUCCCCGGGUGCCAGGCCAGCCAGUUCUUUAGUUUCCUAAGGGAAACUUACCCUCUUCUCUUGUAGCACCAUCCAGCCUCAGGGUCUUGGGGACUUGGAAGAAUGUGAAUAGAAGAGGAGAAGCUAGAAGGAAAUGAGUACAAGGAUGGGUCUGUGAAGAGCAGAGGCGGCAGGGAGGAAUUUUGACAGAUCCCACUGAGGCAUAAGCGCUGGUGGGAGGGAGAGUCCAGGGAAGGGUGGCAAGGUGCAGCAGGGGUGGGAUGGGGAGGGGUGGGUUAUUGAAGCACUGACUAGCAUCAACCACGCCCAGGUGUUGAAGAAGGGGCUCUGGCAGAAUUUCUGCUCUGUGAUCCCCCACAGGUUGCCCAAUAUAUUAUGCUCGAGGCCAUCUUACUGGAAGAAAAGGCAGCCAAGUGGAGGACCCCUGUAGAUAGGCUCCUUAAUGUCCUGGAAGUGGUAGUGUGGGGUGGACUGAAGCUAGAGCCCUAAACCUAGCCUGAGAGAGCCUGCUGUGUCCCACAGUCUGAUUGCACAGAGCCGCCUCUGUCGGCAGGAGGCACUGAGGCUCUCCUUCCUGUGUACUGAGAAGCUGUGUUUGCCAAUGUAUUUUGCUUUCAAUUCCAAGAGGAGCUCUGGGAAAACCUGUGGAUAAAACCAAAUGCCAAAUGUUGGACAUUGUUUCUUUUUCCUUUUCUCUCUGAUUGUUUUAAUUGUUCUGUAGUGGUUUUAAUGGAUUUGAGACCCUGGAGCGGCAGCUGCCUUUCUGAUUUCCAGCUGCUUUUUGUGAAUAAUUUAAAAAGAAAAAAAAAAGAAACUUUACAUUUUGGAGACAAACCUGUGUGAGUUUUUUAUUGGUACAAACGUUGUAUUUAACACUAGGGGUUUUGUACAGUUUUUUGCCUUUUCUACUAGAAAACAAUGUAAAGUGAUUUCACAAUGUGAAGAGAAAAAAAUUGCCACUAUGACCAAACGCACAGUCUGUUCUGCAGCAACAACGGGAUUCAAUCAACUCAAAGUCGUGAUUCAGCCGUAGAAAUGCUUUUCCUUGACCUUGUUUGAGCUUUCCUUUUUUCCUGUUUGAUUUACAAAAGAUGUCUUUUCUUUGUGUGUGUGUGUGUGUGAACUUGUGUUGUACUCUGUAGAAAAUUAUGGAUUUUGCUUUAAUGGUUUAAAAAAAAAAAAAGGACAAGAAGAGCCCUUGUCGCUUUUCUUACCUAAUCACAGUUUGUGUAGUGGAUUAUAAAAAGAAAAAAAAGUUGUUAAAAGUUUGGAGCAAGGGAGUAUGUGUUUAAAAGGACUCUCCUUCCCUUUUUUGUGUGUUUUUCCUUUUGUCCCAAUGGGGAACCUAAAUCUGUUUUAAUUGCACAGACACACGGACAAAAAGUCAUUUUGUAUCUGCCAAGUGUGGUACCUUCCUUUGUUUAUUUGCUAUUAAACUGUUUGA